AUGUUGAGUUUCAGCGACAAAAUGUUGCGUGACUUUAUCGCUGGAUACCUCGAGAAGUCCACACUGCACGGUCUGAGAUUCAUAGUGCAGAAAAAAUGUCACUGGACGGAAAGGGCGGUGUGGGUGGCGUGCUGCCUGGCGGCGUGGGCGGGCGCUGGCGCGCUGGUGGCGGCCGCGUGGGAGGCCUAUCGCCUGCACCCCAUCAGCUUCGGCGUCAGCACCGCCUACCUGCGCUGGGACACCGCCUUCCCCGCCGUCACCGUCUGCGAGCGCAACAACCGACCGCGCGCAUACGCCUACAGCGAGAGGCUGUUCGGGGCAGGGCGCAACCCGUUGGUGGACGAGCUGCUCAACGAGAUGGCCUUCUUCCCGUACAGCGAGGCGCCCUACCUGGCGCAGCUGUGCGGCCUGGGCGGCCGGCCCCCGCGCAUGCGCUGCCCGCAGGACGGCUUGCGCGAGAUGGCGCGCGAGUCCCUGCUCGGAGGUGCUGUUUUCUUGUUGGUGGAAAGGACAACCAUUCAACUGUUGCCAACAUUUCCUUCCUCUGGAGACAGAGAUGGGGCUAUGUUUCUCACUGAACAACAUCCACACAAGGGGCCGGAGGAGCUGCCGUCGCUGGGCGCCGAGCGCCAGGCGCUGCCGUGGCUGCGCGAGGGCCACCUGACGCUGCGCCGUGUGUCGGUGCGUGAGAUGAGCAACGCGGGGGGCGUGGCCGCGGUGGCGCCGGAGCUGCGCCGUUGCCGCUUCCCGUGGGAGCCGCUGCCCGGGGCGCCGCCCGCCAGCAGAUACUCGUACGGCGGUUGCGUCGCCGCGUGCCGCCGCGCCAGGGAGAGGGAGCUCUGCGGCUGCUACCUCCACCUCGCGCCCGCGCACGACGGUUAUAAACACCCGUACGCUAGUCCAUGCUGUCGUACGUCGAACGAUGAGCUGAAAGGAACAAAUCACGCCCAGCUGACGAUCCAACUUGACCGACUUGCCACGGAGCGCGAACAUCGCCUGGUGGUGACGGGGCCUUUGGAUGUUGUCGUGUCGGUGGGCAGCGCCUUCUCUCUGCUGGUGGGCGCCAGCAUGCAGAGCGUAGUGGAGGCGCUGCUCUUCGUGACGGCCGUCGCCGCCCGCGCCGCCCGCGCCCUGCUCGCCCGCCGCCCACGCUCACGCCCGCGCUCGCGCCCGCACCUGCUCCGGCAUCACAACUCGCACGCCUUCGUUCUUUAG